AUGGUAUUUCUGAGGCCUUCUACUUUUCAAUCUUUGAUCCGUAAUACUAGGACGCCUUUCCUACGGGUCCAACAAAGACGAUGGGCGCAGGUGCACGAUGUCCGCUUCCUCGCCACGCAUCAUGAUCCAAAGUUUGUGUUGGACAGGUACCGAAACAAGUUGGAUCAGAAAGCUCAGCAAGAAGGACACGACGUCCACCAUUGUCACUCCAGAACCCUCCAACCUACUCCCUCUCCAUCGACAUCCGCGGUUCAUCCUCCUCCCCCGCCACCUUCUCCCCAAGCCAAAGUCGCAUCUGAAGGCUCCGGCAAAUCCUCCACAGGCAUCAAGCCUCUCAGCUCCUACAUUGAUGUCGAGAAAGUCCUCGAUCUCCCACCAAAGGAAAUCGAAGCUAUCUGGCGUCUUCGCCAUGCCAGCAACCCCCACUCCGUCUGCGCCGUUAUCCCGGUAGAAACAUACCAGCGCAUUUCCUCGGCCGCUCGCCAAAACCCCCAAUUCGUCCUCCCCUUGCCCCGCACGCAAGCCGAGACCGAACAAUCGGAGCAGCAGGGAGAUGACGCUGCCAAUGCCGGCGCAGAGAUCCACUUCCUUCAGUGGGCAUUCCAUCCGGCCGCCCCGACAGUCACUUCUGGACCUUUGGCUAGCUCUCAUACCUCCACUAUCAUCUUCACCCAACUCGCCGCGUACCAGUUGCAUGGCUCCUAUGCCCAACCACACACGACUAUUACGCACCAUCUCGACCUAGCCGAUGAGAAGGGUCUAGUUCUCAUGCAUGGCCAGAUCAUGCCAGACUCGGGCAUUUCCUCCACUGACGCGACCUGGUUAGUUAGCUGUGUUCAGCGCUUCUAUGAUUUCGGUGGCCAGGCCAGUGGGCGCAAGGGUGAGCUGCUGCGCUCGUUCACCAAGGGAGAUACCAAUAUCUUCAAGAUCGAGGCGUUGUUGGAGGAGGCGGAGAAGUUGUAG